AUGCGGUCCACAGUCUCCAAUGAGAACGAAUACCGGCUAGCACGCUCACGAAAGUUGGAGCUGAGCAGCUCGGACCGUGAAGCAAAAGCUUUGGCCGAUGUGUCGAACCAAUAUGGAGCUGGAGCUGGAACGGCCGUCAAAAAUGAAAAGCGAAAGCCCCUUGGAGGAGAUAUAGCUCCGCUACCACAGACCAAUUCCAAGCCCAAUGUGUUCUCGCUGGAGCUUGUGCCGUCCAGAAUGCCCCAGAAGCGCCAGGCAACGGAACUGUCCACGAAUCUCAUCGGUAAAUUGCAUUCCGAAUCCAGUGCAUCCCACAAACGGUCGCGCAAGAUUGACUACGAAUGGCAGGAUUUGGAUGAGGAGGAUGCCGAUGACCCAUUGAUGGUGAGCGAGUACGUGGGAGAGAUUUUUGCGUAUUUGGGCGAGCUUGAAUACAAGACGCUUCCUCAGCAAUAUCUUCAUAAGCAAACACAUAUCAAACCGAAAAUGCGGCUGAUUCUCGUGGAUUGGCUCGUGGAAAUGCAUAUGCGAUUCCGAUUGCUUCCGGAAACGUUGUUUCUCGCCAUCAAUGUCAUGGACCGGUUCAUGCUGAUGGAGGUGGUGCAGAUCGAUAAGCUUCAGCUUUUGGCUACUGGAUCGUUAUUCAUCGCUGCAAAAUACGAAGAGGUAUUCUCGCCUCUGGUUAAAAACUACGCAUACUUCACCGACGGCUCGUACACAGAAGAAGAGAUCCUCCAGGCCGAAAAAUACAUCCUCACAGUCCUCGAUUUCGAACUCAAUUACCCCAAUCCCAUGAACUUUUUACGAAGAAUUUCCAAAGCCGACGACUACGACGUGCAACUGAGAACCCUAGGAAAAUACCUUUUGGAAAUCACCAUCAUCGACUACAAAUUCAUUGGCAUGUUGCCGUCUCUCUGUUCGGCUGCUGCCAUGUAUAUUGCCCGUCUUAUUCUCCAGAAACUGCCGGUGUGGACUGGCAAUCUUAUCCACUAUUCCGGCUACCGUGCCGCGGAAAUGCGACAAUGUGUUGACCUCAUUGUCCAGUACCUUGUGGCACCCGUCGAACACGACGAAUUCUUCAAGAAGUAUGCCACAAGAAAGUUCAUGAAAGCAUCGGUGGUGUGUCGUAGUUGGGCCAAGAAAGCCGUGCAAGAAGGCCGUGAUCUUUUCGCCAGCGAGUUGCAGACGACACGCCCGCAAUGA